CACGCGCGCACACACACUCUCUCUCUCUCUCUUGUGGUAAUUCGAUGGAAGUUGUUAGUUGAAAAGUUGCAAAUUUUUCUAGCUUUUUUGAAAAUAGAAACAAUCAAGCGCGAUAACUUCGAUACGAUUAGUUCGCAUCGUAAUGAUAAGGAAGAAACGCGAUAAGAAAAAAUACUGAUACAGUGCACUUCUGACUGCAACGAUUGCGACCAUGUGAUUUCUUCAGAAGGUUGGGGAAUUCUUUGAAAUCAAUAUUGCGGAUAAGAAAAAGAUGGAAUGUGUGGAACUGAUAAGGACAAGUAUAUACAAAUGAGGAAAAGAUAAUGAGAGGUAGGCUAUAUUUCGUUGAUCAGUCGCGGAUUUAUCGGUAGAGAAAGAGGGUCACGAGUAAUGACGUGAUAGUUAAUGCGACACGAUUUGGUAGUGGUAUUUAUUAAUUUCAAUAAAAUUCUGGCUAACUCGAGCGCAAAAUCAACGGCGAUCGCGAGAUUAAUAAUUGAGCUAUUGGUACAAUUGAUAACGAUAUGCCGCCAGCAGCGGUUAAUUAAUUAUAGCCUCUAAUGGAACUACUUGAAAGCAAAUACAUAAUGCGUAAUAGGAUCGCAGGCCACAGUAUCAACAUCUACAAUGGAUUACCUCUGACAUCAAUAUAUUCUUAAUUAAUCAUUACCUCGCAGUUUUUUUUAACAUUCUGCCAAUAGAAUUUAAUUCUACACUGAAACUACCAAACAUGAUUGUAAUAUAAACACAUGUGCUUGUAUUCGUAAAAGAAUUAAAAUAAUAAUCUAAAAUUUUCCAUAAGUGAUAUAAAUCGAACUUUGCUUCUUUUUUCAUUUAAGAAUUUUUUUUUCUAAACUCGACGUCUGUUUCUAGAAUGAAAAUCGAAAUUGUAUUACACGUAGCCAUUAUAAAGAACAUUAACAUUCGAUUUGUUAACCGAAAUAUAUUUUCUCAGGAGGAAAACAAUUAUCUAGAUGCUUUUAUACGAUAGCGUAGAAUCUCUUUUUAGGUCUUUAAUUAUCGGUAAUUGCAGCGUUCAGUUUCUACUAUUUCUGCUACUUGUUCACGAUUCAAGGGCGAAGAAUCUCGAGAAAUAGAGACCGACAACCAAUGGUUGAAAAGGAACAGUUAACCUGAGAACAGCAUUUACCACGGAAGUUUGCACGUUGUUUGGCCACGAUUUGUUCGAUCAACGUUACUACCGGAACAAUAAACGUCGUUCGCAAUGGAACGAUCUCUCGCUCGGUUCUGUAACAAUUGCGCGAUCCACGCGCGGCUAUAAUGCGAUUCUAUUGAUCCGAUUCACGGUCUGACGCGGCUCUGACCGGCCGCGUGGCAGAGAAAUUUGCAAUAAUCGGGAAUCGACGAAAGCCGCUUAAUUGUUCGCUCGAACGCGUGUUCGUUCUACGAGCUCGGUGUUUUAUUGACGGUUCAUCCGCAGUGCUUCGCGUGAUUGGAGUUACACGUGAAUCGGACGUUUAUCUCCGUCGGGCCGACCUCGAUGAAGCGCGGCCAAUUUCACCUGGCCGCUGAAUCCUUUUGGAAGAACGAAACGCAGCCAAUUCGUCCAGCUGAGACGCGGAACAAUUUUUUAAUAGGACUUUGCGGCUGAAAAGGGAAGAACUCUGUUCGGUUGUACGUGUGUAUGUGUGUAUAUCGAGUUUGGCACGAUGACAACACUGAAGAAGGACGAGAAGCGGGCUUCGAAGAAGUCGAAGAACGUCAGCCAGAAAAUCUCGAGUUGCAAGAAGCAGGUACCCCCGAAGAACAGAGAAUCGAAGGUGCAAGCAGAGGAACCAAGAGAGGAUCUAUCGAUCCUCGGUGGCAACGACGAUGCGCAGGGGGAUGAGAAGGCGGCAAGGGCGAGCGGGAGAUUCGAACGGAAGUCGUUUCGUCGGAAAAUCGGGUCACUGAUAAGAGGCAGCGCCGCGGAGUUACCGGCUGUGAUAAAUCGCAGUCUGCAACCGAUUAAGCGUAGUUUGAGCUUCAGUAAAGACUUGAACCGUGUGCAAGAACCCUCGAAACCUCAUAGGCCGAGCAGCGUACAUUGGUAUAACAGUUUGGUGUCUUUGGCCGAGGAUAAAUGUCUGGACGAACAGAAUGACAGCCCUCCGAGCAACAGCGAGGAACUAUUUUCCCCGAAGGUUCAAGUUACCAGGACGCAGAGUCUCAUCGAUACCACUUCCCAGACUAGAAGUACAAGAAGACGAGUGAGCGAGGCACUGAGUCGAACAGCCCCUUACGGACGACACAGCGACCAUUAUGACUCUACAAUAGAUUUAAGUAAUCCGCCCUGGGAGGCCAGUAGUCUCCCUGCUCUCACGCACACCGCCACGGAUGAAAGCUACAACGAGCGAAUAUUCCCCCUUAAAAAGGAGCAACAGGUCAGACGCGAAUGGAGGAGCCUGAAAACAACUGGCCGAAAUUUGUCUCUCCUAGAUGUCGACAAAUCUCCCGUGCAGCUUCAUUCGGUGCGUUCGAGGUCGUUGACCCAGCUGGACGCUCUGGGCAGCAAAAUGCUGGAUACGGGGGAGCACCAUCUGGGGGGUGGUCCCUCGCAACAGCAACCCCAUCAUCUUCACCACCAUUACCAGCCUCAGCAAUUACAGCACCACCCCCAAAACGUCGAAAGUAAUCCCCGUCUUCUCGUACCCACGGCGUCGUCCGUCGAGGGAGCGCACCAGAAUCGCACCCGGCACAAGCUGUCUCGGUCACAGGUAUCCAGCAGCGAGUUCUUUAGCGUUAGCUUCGAGCUGCCCGAUGAUUCGAGCGGCCUAGACCGAGACGAGCUUCUGCCAGCUGUGAAAGGCACAUACUUGGCGGAUGUGCUGAACGCUGCAUGCGAGAGACGCGGAGUCGACGUGUCGCGGGUCGAGGUCCUCGAUGGCUUCUCGCAGCCAUUACCGAUUCUCACCACGGAUACUUCCAGUCUUGGAGGGAAACACUUACGGAUAACAGUUAAGGACAACGACAAAUCGAACUCGAGGUCGUCGAGCCAGAGGAGCAACCAGAGCGUCUCCCUGAGAAAAGCAAGCGGGAGUUGUCGGUGUCGCAGCGGUCGUUUCUUCAGCGUCUCGACGGAAGACUCGAGCGUCGACUCCGAGAUCGGUAGCAACACCACGCUUACGUCUGGUCGGAGCUCCGCUGGGGCUGCGGGGCCCAAGACCAGCAAACAGCGAUGGAGUGGCUUCUUCACCAAUACCAAAGGCACGAAACUCGAUCUACUCACCGCUCAGCUGGACGAUUAUAACAAACAUGGCGUGCCGAAACUUUCCGAACUUUCUCACGAACUCAAUUUUAACGAAGAUGUCUUGUACAAUCUAGAACACGACUGGCGAGAUAUCGUUCAAAACUCGGAUCAACUAUCGGAGAAGCAACAGCAACAACAAACUGCUUUAUGGGAGCUAGCUCAAACGGAGGUAGCUUACAUAAAGACUCUAAAGGUUGUGACAGAUCUCUUUAUGGCGUGCCUCUGCAGCCUGCAGACCUCGAAUAUCCUGAACGAGGUCGACAGGACAAAGCUCUUCAGCAACAUCCCUGAGAUUUACGCAGCGAAUCGCUAUUUCUGGACUGAGUAUGUUCUAGUGAUGGUAAAUACAUCGAGGACCACUGGACAACCGCUCGAUCCUGGCCACCUUCUGCAAGGUUUCGAAACAUUCGAGCAAACGUUCGCACCUUACACCAGAUACUGCGCGGAGCAGAGUAAAUGUCAACAAUACUGCAGAGACCGUUUGAAUGAUAAUCAGCUAUUCACGGUCUAUCUAGUGUGGUGUGAAACUCAAAAGGACUGCAAUCGACUGAAAUUGCUUGACAUACUGGUGAAACCUAUGCAGAGGCUGACGAAAUACUCUCUCCUUUUGAAAGCUGUUCACAAGAACACGGAGAACGAGGAACAACGAGCAGAAUUGACGCAUAUGAUCAAAUCUGUAGACGACUUCGUGGCAUCAGUGAACGCAGCCUUGAAGAGGAACGAGGAAACAGCGCGGUUGGCCAGUGCCGCGUCUCGAAUAGAGAGUUAUGACGUGGUCGAAUCUAGAGACGAAGAAUUAGAGAAACUGAUUAAAAUUCACAGCACUUUUGACAUUACCACUGUUCCAAUGCCGGGUUGUCCGAAAGACAGCCUAAGAGUACUUCUUCGCGAAGGAGACCUGAAGUUGAGAGAUGCCGCUAGUAGUAAGAUGGAAGUACAUGUGCUGUUACUAACAGACAUGCUAUUGAUCUGCAAACCGUCGACUAAGAAAACCUCGUCCAGUGGGCUGACUGGCACCGUCGGGGGCGGUUUGAAGAUUAUAAGACAACCGUACGUCAUCGAUCGCAUCCGAAUACACGAGCUGAAGGAACCAAGUAGCUUAGGCUUGGUUUAUCUGAACGAGUAUGGGGCGGCAUCAGCUGCUCUGGUUCUCAGCGCCGGAGAAUCAAAAUUAGCCAAGUCCUGGAUGGAAUCCAUAAGAAAAGCUCAGCAGCAAUUCGCGCUGAUGAAAGUGCCACCACUUGGCAACACGAUGAAUUUGGGCACAGUCAGUAGACAACCGAGCACCUUCCUUGGCGACGUUGAAUUCGAGCCAGAAGAAUGCGAGGGUAUACCGAAAACGCCUCGAGGAAGUAGCAGAGCGUCGAGAGUGAGCAGCCUUGCCCACAGUCACAGUCAUGAAACACCUUCCAGUGGAAGCAUAGAGAUGGAAGGCGUUUCACCGGGAAGUAGCAGCUUCCUGCCUAGCUACAAUGCGAGCAGAAAUGUCAGCGUGGAAACAAGUGAGCCACCGCGAGCCUCGAGCGUAUCGUCGGAAGAAGGAGGUGAAAGUUCUGGACACAACCACAGACCUUUACAAAUAAGUCUUAACAAAUUUGAUAAUAGACGAUAUCCGCUGAGUAAGUCGCCGACGCCUAACACGUUGAGUGUCCAAGUGCCAGCGUACUCUAGCUUGGGCCAAUCGCUGCCAAAUUUGACCCUAGCCACUUCGCCACAAACUUCGACCGUGUCUCCGACACCGCCAAACUCGCUUCUUAUUGUACCCCAAAUAACAAAGAGCAAGGACACUUUGCUUUCACCAGGGCACCGAGGUAGUAUCUCGUAUCCACCACCAUCGCCCCCGAGAGGGGCGCUUAGAAGAGCGUUCGCGAUUCCUCAAUCACGAAACCCACCUCUCGUUAAAACGAGACACAUAAGCUCGUCUGUGACACAGACGGUUCAGCCUACGAUGAAUCUAGACACAGAAGCCAUUGAGGAAAGACGAAGAAGACUGGAACCUUCGCACAGGAUGCCAUCAACCAGCAGCAUUGCGGAGGAAAAGAAAUGACUAGAACUGGGAUACAGGAGUAACCUGCCGAAAAGAUAAAUUGCUACGGACCAUCUGCAUUUGAUGAGGGUGUACGUGAUACGUCGUGUUUAGAAACAAGAUGUUCCUUUCUGUUAUCUGUAUGCAAGUGCUGCACACACUUUCAUGCAGGAGCAGAAAAUGGUUCAAACAAUUGAGAAUGGAUUCAACUUGAAUAAGUGAACGUCUCGUACUCCCUGUGCCUAUAAUAUGAACCGAGCAAUUUUACAAUCGAUUGGGGCCAUUCGAAAUCAACGUGAAGUUUGUACCACGACCGUAUCAUUGUAACUGAUUUGAUUCUAGCUGUGUAACUUUUAGAUCUCAUUUUGUAAUGAACUUGUCGUGGAGGUUUGAGACAGACAUGUUUCAAUAUUACCCUAGUUCAUUUAGAAUUCUAAGCGACGAACAAAAAAAAAUGGCCUACCUAGUGUAAUUGAUAUUACAACUAUUUAUCGUGAUUUAAGUUUAGAUGACUAUAAUAGUUGGAGUAAGAUGCCUUUAGAGCAACAAUUUUAAACUAAACGAGUUCGAGUUUUGUGAGUUAAUGAUAUAAAAAAAACAGGUACGAACAUUUAGAAAGAAAGAGGCUACACACAUAGAGAAAAAUCACACUUUACGUAGAAAAACCGAAAGAAGAAAAAAAAAAAUGAACAAUUGCGUUACUCUCUCGUAUAAGCUUCGAUCGACACACGACUUAUGAACGUGAAUAGAAUUACGAGAGGCAUGAAACGAGAGCGGGUGACACAUUUACUUUAAGUACAAAUUCUAUUUCGCAAUAUUUUGUUCAAGAGACUGAAGUGAAGUGUCAGGCUGUCGGCGAACGUUACCUAACUAGAGACAACAAUAUGUAGAAAGAAAACAAGAGCAAUGAUUUUAUACGAGCUCCUUUACGUAAGGUUUCUUUCAAUCCUCUCCUUCCCAAAAUCUGCGCAGCUUGUAUUAAGCUUAAAGUGUUAAAUUUACUAUAAAAAAAAAGAGUAUUGAUUGUGCGUGUAUGUGCUAUCAUCAUUCACGAUCAAGGUCAAAAUAUAGUACAUAAUUUAUUAA